UGCAUGUGUAACAUGUAUUUUUAUCAAAAUCAUUUAUUGUCAAAGGUUAUUUAUAAAAUAUUCCCAUGUGUCUUGUCUUGAGAACUUUUUUAAUGACUGUUAAUAAAUACUUAUCCCCUUCGUGAUACAUGUCAAAGGAAGAGCAUGUCAGUGUGAAUUAAUACCGUGGACAAAUAAAGAUUACCUACCUGUCCUGCCUACCCUACCUGUAGACAUGUAUCAAUCACUCCUGUUUUCCUUGGUAAUCCAGGACACUGACGUUAUUGUUUGGGACACUGUUAAUGAAGCAGGUAUUUACCGUCUUAAAGGCCACAAAGGACUUAUAACACAAUGUUCUUUCAUGAGAAGUCAGAAUAUCCUGAUAACAAGUUCUAAGGACAGUUUUGUAAAGUUCUGGGAUCUUGACACACAACACUGUUUUCUUACUCUUGUUGGUCACAGGAGUGAGGUUUGGGGCUUUACUGUGUCCCAUGAUGAAACAAGGUUGAUAACUGGAUGUUCAGACAGUGAAUUAAGAGUUUGGAAGAUUAAUAGUGGGACUGAGAGUGAUGCAGAGGAAUCCAGAAAAAACAGUGAGAAGCAAGAUGGAAAGCGAAGUGCCAAAGAAGCAGAAUUAGAUGAAGAAUCAGAAGCAAAAACAACUGAGGGAGGUCCGCUGUCUUGUACACUUAUUGGCUCAAUUUUUCGUCACAGCCAUGAAAGAGUGGUAGCAGUAAUGGCUGAUUCCUCACAAACCUUCUUAGGAUGUCUGGGCAAUGAUUCACAGCUUGAACUGUUCAAAAUUUUAAAUGACUAAGAAAUCCAGAAACAUC